CCAUAAACCCCUGUUUCCCAAAAAAAAAAAAAAAAAGCUUAACCUCUCUUCGCUCCUCCCUGCGCCGUUUUUGAGCAUCAGAACGGAGAAGAGAACCAAGGCCACGAUGCAGCAGAAGAGGAGAACUUCCGCCGGAGACUUAACCCACUUGCGGGAGCUGUUCCGGCACCACAUAGAGUCCUUCGACUACCUCAUCACCGCCGGUCUCGGCGUCACGCUCCGUGACAUCAAGCCCGUCCAAGUCCACAAUCCUCACACCGGAGAAACUCUAAGGAUCUGGUUCGCUGAUGAUCCUAUUCUAGGCCGACCUCAGAAGGAUCGGAGUAGCGAGCCUCUCUAUCCUUUUGAAGCUUUUAUUGACACUCCUGAUCGUGAAAUUUUUGCGAGUUUGACAUGCUGUUGUAACGAGAAAUUUGAGAAAGAAAAAGGUGCUGUUGCCACUCAGCUUGUGGGUGAGAGGGUGCAAAUUAUUAUAAAUGAAGUGGCAGACUUGGGUCUUGGCACCCAUCUUCAAUGUCUAGAGCACAUUGGCGAGGACUUUCAACCUCUAAUGGGUGAACUGGAGAAUGAACCUUAUUCAGUUGUUGGAGAUGCCGUUCUCAAGGACUACAUAUAUUUGUUCACCUAGAUAAGAAUGAAGACAAAUCAAUCUGCUCAUGUAUGAGAAUGGGGAGUCGAGUAGCCAUUUCUACUGGACUUGAAAAACAGAUCACGUCCAUUGUUGCAUUUUACUUUUCUGCACAAUUCCGGGGUGUUUGAGAAUAGUGUCUGAUUUAGACUACGUACUAUCUUGUUGCGGCUUUGCUUGUUAUGAUCUUAGAGAUUAAAUCCUCUGGACCCCGAACUGUGACGGUUACCAAAAUGGGAGCAGCUGAAAGGGCAUCAUAUCAAGAACUUGAGGGCAUCAUAUCAAGAACUUGAGGCGCCAUGUCAACUAGUACAGUAAAGGCAGCUCAACACAACAAAUUCUGGUGCAUUCUCCCCACUUCACUAUGCAACAAAGAAAGUCUAAGUUUGAAGUAGCUUGGUUCAUGAGAGCAAGCUCGGUAGUUUUUGUUUUCCUUGAAAGACUUUAAUCUGAAGUACACUUUUAUAGCUAGGUUUUCUGAAGGUAUGUAACUUGUUUGCCUUCCAGCUAGUCUUGGUUUGAAGUAGCAGCUACAUGUGCACAUCGAACUACAUGUAGUUGUAAUGGAAUUAAAGCUUAAUGGGAUUCAUAUAACAUA